UCAUCCAGCCCGGCCCUCAGUCAAACGCACCACUUCUCCAAGUCCAAUCAUAGCACGACGAAAGUCGUUCCCCGCCCCUACCCGUUCAGCAACGACGCGAAAUAAUUUCAUGCGUGCUGCUGCUUGACGGGAAAAGCCAGGAACAGAGACCGCAACAACUGCCACAGUAAAAGGAUUGGCCUGCACCGACUCUUGAGCUGCAAUACAUCUAAACCAAGAUGAAACAAAAAGAUCUGAACCCCGUACUACUGCUCGCCUUCCACCUGAUGGUGUCAAUUUACUCUUUCUUCACCUUCGUCCCCUACUACAUUUUCACUUGGAUGCUUUAUGGAUCUGAGUGGGACCAUGCUGUAAGAAAAAAGCAUAAUCCAGUUCCAGGAAAACUGGUGAGAUUGCUGUACCCUGGACUGGACACCCUGCCUAAGGUCUUUGAAUAUGUAGCUAUGAGAUUCCCCCACAGAGAAUGCCUCGGCACAAGAGAGUUGAUCAGUGAGGAAGAUGAGCUCCAGAGCAACGGCAAGAAGUUCAGUAAGGUUGUUCUUGGCAAGUACCACUGGCUCUCCUAUAAGGAGGCCCUCUCUGCAGCAUCCCAGUUUGGUUAUGGUCUGGCAGCGCUGGGGCAGAAGCCAAAACACAACAUUGCCAUCUUCUGUGAGACGCGGGCUGAAUGGAUGCUCGCUGCAAUGGGAUGCUUCAUGCAGAAUUUCACACUGGCCACCUUCUAUUCAACUCUGGGGGGCCCGGCCAUCGCUCAGGGACUGAAUGAGACAGAAGUUACGCACAUCAUCACCAGUACGAAGCUUCUGGAAACCAGACUCAAGCCUAUUCUAGUUAAAGUUCCAAAGCUGCACUGCAUCAUCAUAGUGGACAACACUCCAACCUCAUGGCCCGACUACCCCAGUGGCAUAAGCAUCCACAACAUGGCCGAUGUGCAGAGACUGGGCGCCAUACCGGAAAAGGCAAUUUGUGAGCAAAAUCAACCAAUAGCUUCCGACAUCGCGGUCAUCAUGUACACAAGUGGAUCCACAGGUCAUCCCAAAGGCGCCAUGAUCUCCCACAGCAACAUCAUUGCUGCCAUCAUUGGAUUGGCUGAACGAAUACCGAACUUGAGUGAGGAAGACACUUACAUUGGAUACCUUCCUCUGGCCCAUGUACUGGAGCUCAGUGCCGAGCUUGUGUGCCUUGCUCACGGUUGUAGGAUUGGCUAUUCUUCACCUCUGACUCUGGCUGACCAGUCAGCUAAGAUCAUGAAAGGCACCAAGGGAGACGUCACCAUCCUGCAGCCCACUUUAAUGGCAGCUGUCCCUGAGAUCAUGGAUCGCCUUUACAAGAAUGUGAUGGCCAAGGUUGAGGAGAUGAACUGCGUCCAGCAAACGCUCUUCACUCUUGCCUACAAAUACAAAUUGGAUCAGCUCAACAAAGGUUACAGCACGCCUCUGUGUGACAAGUUAGUCUUCAGCAAAAUCCGUGCUCUUCUGGGAGGUCGCGUACGAGUGUUAUUUUCGGGUGGAGCCCCACUCUCCGCUGAUACCCAACGCUUCAUGAAUGUGUGUUUCUGCUGCCCUGUGGGUCAGGGAUACGGCCUGACAGAAACCUGUGGAGCUGGAAGCAUUAGCCAGGUGUGGGAUUACAGCACUGGGCGAGUGGGAAGCCCACUAGUGUGCUGUGAGAUCAAGCUCAAAGACUGGGUGGAGGGGGGCUACCUUAACAUUGACAAGCCAUACCCACGAGGAGAGAUUCUCAUCGGAGGACCCAACGUAACAAUGGGUUAUUAUAAGAACAGGGGUGACCAAAGUGAUUUCUUUGUGGAUGAGAGCGGCCAGCGAUGGUUCUGCACUGGAGACAUUGGAGAGUUUCAUGAAGACGGAUGCCUCAAGAUCAUUGAUCGUAAGAAAGACCUUGUGAAGCUGCAGAUAGGGGAAUAUGUCCCUUUAGGAAAAGUGGAAGCUACGUUGAAGAAUUGUCCUCUAGUUGACAACAUCUGUGCCUAUGCUAAAAGUGAUAAGACAUACGUGAUUGCCUUCGUGGUGCCCAACCAGAAGCACCUGCAAGCGCUAGCUGACCAAUAUGGCGUCAGCGGCACCCUGGAGGAACUUUGCAAGGACCAGGUGAUGGAAGAACUGGUGCUCAAGGUCAUCACAGAGGCUGCUGUGGCAGCUCAACUCGUGAGCUUUGAGAUUCCUCGCAAGAUCCACCUGAGUCCAGACCCGUGGACCUCUGAUAUGGGACUUGUGACCGAUGCAUUCAAGCUCAAGCGAAGGGAGCUGGAAAUGCAUUACCGGAAUGAGAUUGCAAGGAUGUACGAUGGGGAGUGAUGUCAUGGACCACGACAGUCCAUGUGCAAAGCAGAAAUAUGCAAAGUUCCAAAAUACGUGGGUUUUGUUUUACCUUUGGACUCUUACCAGGCCCCACUUCGGUUGCUCCUACUUGAAUUUGAAGCUGAAUUUAAGCAGAAUGAUUACAUACUACCUGCAGACAUGAAGUUUCCAGAAAGUGUUAACGAUUUGUCUGCUGCUGCCUUUUCCUUUCUUGUCUGUGUGUACGACCUUGGUGUCAAGUGUUUUAUUGUUUCAGUUGGGACUUAUGAAACAAGACUGCGCUGUGCUAAAACGUUGCUGUCUGGUGAACUCGUUUUGAGUUCCACGGCAAACAGAUUUCCAUUGCAUUUGAUUGCACGCUUUUAUUUUUGUCACAGAAUUGUUGAUUCAUCCUUUUUGAAAUCUCUCCAUUAUUUUUAAUUUUGUCUGUCCUGCAGGUCAGGAGACGCUUUGGUUUUUUGGCCUGAAUAUUGAUCUAAAAUGUUAAAAUUCGAUGACGGUGUUAUCAAGCAUGUUUAGCACAUUGAUUCCAAAGGUACUGAAUAAUUGCACGUUAAAACUGAGCAUUUCCUAAACUGUUUUCAUAGCACAUUGUUAGGAUUGUGUAUGAAGUACACUGCUUUGAGAUUAUUUCAAAGUAGGAAACCGAAUGGGCUGUUUAGUCUGCUCAGCUAUUGUACCAAAACGGAGCGUACUUUUCAGUGUUCUGAUCACACACUCAGAAAGUCAUUUAUUUAUGUUUCUUCCAGUGGUCUGUAAUCAGUGUCAUUUUGAUGAACAGUGCUAACGCGAAAAUGUCUAAUUCCGAGCCAAGAAAGACAUUUGAUUACAGAAAAUGUCAGAAGGAAGAAACACUUUUGCUCACGUGACUUUCAAGGCAUGGCCUUUUCUUUUUUUAAGACAAAAAUGACUCCAGUGUAUCUAAGCUAUAGACAGUCUGAGAAUUCUGAGACUUGGCUUUAACCACUACAUGUAGGGACCAUGAUAACGUUUUUAUAACCUUUGGUUGGGGUUUUCUUUCUUUGAAGGUGUGCUUGAGGGUGAAAUGAAAUGUCAGUUAAAAUUACAAUCUCUCAAUAUCACGUGUCAUUAUAAUGUGUCAUUAUAAUGUGCCAUUAUAAAUGGAGACGUCACUCGCAACAAUGAUUUGUAUUUAAUUUAUGAGUUCCUUUUUUCUUUGUAAAAAUCAAAAGGAAAUAAAUUUCUGUUCUCUGUAAA